UCCGCCCGGGGCCUUCUGCUGGGACGAGAGCCGGCCUUUCCCUCCCGCCCGCGCCGCUUUUUAGCCUCCUGCGGCGAGGAAGAGACAGAGGGCCAACCACGCGGCGUUGUUUUUUUGUUUGUUUCUCGGCCCCGCCCGCCUCUUUUUCCUUCCAGAGCGCGAGGCUGCAUCUCCAUAGGCUGACUUUCGACAACGAGGCCUUCCCGGGUAGUUCUCCUCAGUCAGGCAAGAAGGAAGGCCGGACUUAGGUGCUCUUGAGAGGGAGCGAGAGAGGGAGGCCGUCGGGCCAGCCGGCCAUGUCAGGCGGGGACUCUGCGGCGGCCUCCCCGCAGGCCUUGCCCUUCUCGCUGCCGAAGCCGCCUCCGCUCAUGCAGCUCAACCCGGGCGAGGGUGUCCGGCCGGGCCCCGAGCAGUCGCCCAAGAGAGGCCGCGGCCCCGACUGGCCCUCCGGGAAGCCCGUCAGCCUUUUGGCGCCGCUCCUGCCCCCGCGAGGGGAGCCCGAGCCCCUGCUGCCAUUCGGGCCCGCCUCCCGCCAGCCGCUCCGGGGAAGGAUGCUCGGCAGGUGCGGAGGAGGAGGAGGCCCCGGCGGAGGAGGGAACCCUCUCAACCCGUCAAUGAGGCCCGGAGGAGGAGGAGGAGGUCCCGGCGGCGGAGGAGGAGGCGGCGGCGGUGGCGGCAUGGGCCGAGACGCCCUCAUGAUGGGACAUCCAGGCAUGCCCCAUUACCCACCCAUGGGGAUGCAUCCCAUGGGCCAAAGGCCGCCAAAUAUGCCUCCAGUAUCUCAUGGAAUGAUGUCUCAAAUGAUGCCUCCAAUGGGAGGACCACAAAUGGGGCAGAUGCCUGGAAUGAUGCAGUCAGUGAUGCCAGGAAUGAUGGCGCCCCAUAUGUCUCAUGCUCCUAUGCAGCCUACAGGACCGCCAGGAGUGAACAAUAUGGAUUCUCAAAUUGGUUUAGCGCCCCCUGGAACUCAGCCUACACCUCCAGUAGUUUGUUCAGUGCAGCAAGCCAUACCAGCCAACAGUACUGCUACUGAAGAAUCUUCCAAACAGAAAUCUAUGUGGUCAGAACAUAAAUCACCAGAUGGAAGAACUUAUUUCUAUAAUACUGAGACAAAGCAGUCCACAUGGGAGAAGCCAGAUGAUCUCAAAACACCUGCAGAGCAAUUGUUGUCAAAAUGUCCAUGGAAGGAAUAUAAAUCUGAUUCCGGAAAGCCUUACUACUAUAACUCCCAAACAAAAGAGUCACGUUGGGCAAAGCCAAAAGAACUCGAAGAUCUUGAAGCCAUGAUUAAAGCAGAAGAAAGUGGCAAAGCAGAAGAAUCCAUUCCAGCAUCCUCUGCUGCUGCGCCAGGGACUACCUCGGCCACUCUUCCGGAGGCUCCUGCGGCUGCACCAUCUGCUCCUGCUGCUCCACCCGCUGCAUCCGCUCCUGACGCUGAGCCCUCUGCUCUUUCUACUGCUGUAGAAAAUGAAAACAGACUCCCUCCUUCAACAGAGGAACAGCCACAGCCAGCAGUUCCAGUUGUGCAAGAACAGUCAGUGGAUGUUAUCACAAACUCUGUAGAAGAAAUUCCAAAACAAGAAUCCUUAGAUAUUACUCCCAAGAAAGAAGAGGAGGAUGCCCAGCCAGUUAAAAAAACAUAUACUUGGAAUACAAAAGAAGAAGCUAAGCAAGCAUUCAAAGAACUGUUGAAAGAAAAGCGUGUACCAUCAAAUGCCUCCUGGGAGCAAGCAAUGAAAAUGAUUAUCAAUGAUCCAAGAUACAGUGCUUUGGCAAAGCUGAGUGAGAAAAAGCAAGCUUUUAAUGCUUAUAAAGUCCAGACAGAGAAAGAAGAAAAGGAAGAAGCAAGAUUAAAAUAUAAAGAAGCAAAAGAGUCUUUUCAGCGUUUCCUUGAAAAUCAUGAAAAAAUGACAUCCACAACCAGAUACAAAAAAGCUGAACAAAUGUUUGGAGAAAUGGAAGUUUGGAAUGCAAUAUCAGAACGCGAUCGUCUGGAAAUCUAUGAAGAUGUGCUAUUCUUCCUAUCAAAAAAAGAAAAGGAACAAGCCAAGCAGUUAAGGAAGAGAAACUGGGAGGCAUUGAAAAACAUCCUUGACAAUAUGGCCAACGUCACUUAUAGUACUACUUGGUCAGAGGCUCAGCAGUAUCUGAUGGACAAUCCUACUUUUGCAGAGGAUGAGGAACUUCAGAAUAUGGAUAAAGAAGAUGCAUUGAUUUGUUUUGAGGAACACAUAAGGGCCUUGGAAAAGGAAGAAGAGGAAGAAAAACAGAAGGGCCUUUUCAGGGAACGGCGACGGCAGCGUAAAAAUCGAGAAUCUUUCCAGAUAUUUUUGGAUGAGCUGCAUGAACAUGGACAGCUGCACUCAAUGUCGUCAUGGAUGGAAUUAUAUCCAACUAUAAGUUCUGAUAUUAGGUUUACUAACAUGCUUGGUCAGCCUGGCUCGACAGCACUUGAUCUUUUCAAGUUUUAUGUUGAAGAUUUAAAAGCACGCUACCAUGAUGAAAAAAAGAUAAUAAAGGAUAUCUUAAAGGAUAAAGGGUUUAUAGUUGAAGUGAAUACUACUUUUGAAGACUUUGUCACAGUCAUCAGUUCUACUAAAAGAGCUACAACAUUAGAUGCUGGGAAUAUCAAGCUGGCUUUUAACAGUCUGUUGGAAAAGGCUGAAGCUCGUGAACGUGAAAGAGAAAAGGAAGAAGCUCGCAAAAUGAAAAGGAAAGAGUCUGCUUUUAAGAGCAUGUUAAAACAAGCAACUCCUCCCAUUGAGCUAGAUGCAGUUUGGGAAGAUAUUCGAGAAAGAUUUGUGAAAGAACUGGCAUUUGAAGACAUCACUCUAGAAUCGGAAAGAAAAAGAAUAUUUAAAGAUUUCAUGUAUUUACUAGAGCAUGAAUGUCAGCAUCAUCAUUCAAAGAACAAGAAACAUUCUAAAAAAUCCAAAAAGCAUCAUCGAAAAAGGUCUCGUUCCCGUUCGGGAUCAGAGUCUGAGGAUGAGGACAACCAUGUGAAGAAAAAGAGGCAGCGCUCAGAAUCCAGGUCCGUUUCCGAGCGCUCAUCCAGUGGAGAAUCUGAGAGAAGCUACAAGAAGUCGAAGAAGCACAAAAAGAAGAACAAAAAGAGACGACACAAAUCUGAUUCCCCAGAAUCAGAUGUGGAUCGAGAAAGAGAGAAAAAAGAACGAGAGAAUGAAAAGGAAAGAAGUAGACAAAGAUCUGAAUCUAAGCAUAAAUCACCUCCUAAAAAGCGACCAGGCAAAGAUUCUGGUAAUUGGGAUACCUCUGGUAGUGAAUUAAGUGAAGGUGAACUAGAAAAGCAAAGGAGAACCCUCUUGGAACAACUGGAUGAAGAUCAAUAAGAAAUAUUUAUACCAAAUAUGUUUACAGUGUGAUCUAAUAAAAAUAUAAAUGGCUAAUUUCAGGAAAAUGGAUUCCCAGUGUUCUGAGUUCCAUUGGUUAAACGAUGGCUUUUCGGUUGUACUGCGUAACUAAGUAUCUCCAAUAUCAUUGUGUGCCUGGCAGCGAAAUCAGGAAGAUGGCAAACAUUCAGAAGUCUCCUUGAAGUUCUGCUUGGAUGAGCUAGGCAGUCUGUAUAUAUCCCAUGCAUCAGAGAGCACACUUGGAUGAGCAGGGAAAAAAAUUAUUUUUGAGCCCUUUCAAUAAUGGCUUUGAAAAACUAUGUAAUCCUUUCAGGCCUUUCUUGUCUAUAUAACAACAGCUUUGCUAAAAAGGCCUACAUUUGGGCUCCUUGUCAAAUAAGGUCUAAAAGGCAGGGAAAAGAUGCCCCAAGGGUGUUGUUCCCUUUGGAAAGAUGCUCUGUAGUUCGCUUGUAGCUUCACUUCUGUUUGUUAUUUUUUUUUACAGUACUUUUUUUGCAAAUAGAGGAACAGGAAAAGAAGGGGGGCAAAUGCUUUUCCUGAUCCGUGGUAGUCCAAAACCCAGUGCUGGGUUUCUAUGCAUUACCUUUCUGGCCAAACUGAUGUCUUUGGUGAUUUCUAUUGAUUUUUGACUUUGGGUUGAAAUGUAUGAGUUUCAUCCUGAAGUGAAUUUUUAGUGUCAGGUUUUAAAUCUGUGAAAAAUAGGUGAUUGGUGGAGAUCCUAAUAGGCCCUUAACUUUAAAGGCACUAAGAUGUGCUGGCAUAAUAACAUAGCUACCAUUUUUAUUAGGAAAAAAGUAUCUGGUAUAUGUACAACAAACAAAGCAAAAUUUGCAUUGUUUUAGCAUUAACCCAGUGUUACAGAAAAUUGAAAAAUCAGACUGUAAAUCAAUUGCAAUAUGUUGCCUUAAGGACCUUCCGAAGAAUGUACCACCAAAUUUUGAAAAGCAGUUGCAAUACUUCGUUUAGAAAAUCAGUGUAGAUGUAAUGCUUUUCUUUUGAAACAUAGUGACCUACUGUUAAAGACCUGGUCUCCUUUUAUUGUUUUCCCCCUCCUUUGUAUUCAUUAGCUUUUGCCAGAUUUGAUUUGAUGAGUAUUCUCUGCCCUAUACAUUCAGGAGUAUUGACUACUGUGGUUACAGACUCUAAAAUCUUUCUGAUUUGAAUAUUUUUGUACAUUUUUAUCACUUAUUAAACCUUGUCUUCUAGUGUG